AAAGAUGGAAGAUAGAUGGAUAGGCAGACCACAACGGCGAGUUGCAUCGUCAUUGUCCGUUGGUCGCGCACGCAGUUUCACCGGAGACCGGGCCAAAAGGCCCCGCCCUCCGCUCGGUCGAAACUGAAGCGCAGAGGCGCCGCGCGGCCGCAGCCGCAGCCGCUCGCGCCCGUGACUCCACGUACGCCCCGCAGGCCACGCGCUCCGUCCGGCCUCCAGCGCGAGCGUUUCCGCUCCGGCCUCGGCUCCGCCGCGAGCCACGCCACGCGUCCCCCCUGUCACGACAUGUGUCCUGCCGGGCGGGCGGCGUCCCGUCCCGUGUCCGCGAUUCCCAAAGUACCCCUCCCCCUCUCUCACACCUCGAAAGCAAAAGAGCAGGGCGGAGGGGCCCCGGCGAGAAGCAAAUUAUUUUUGUUGCGAGGGCGCGUCUCCUUCCUCCUCUCCGUGCGAGGCAGCGGCGAGCAGAGCAGACCGGAACAGCAGCACACCACCGGACAACAUCAAUGGCGUCCACCUCCCUCCUCGGCUGCGCAGUUCUCUGACCAGUUCGUGGCUUCGCCGGCGAUGGAGGCCUACUCGAGGGACCUGCUGCGCGGCGUCGGCGGGGGAGGCGAGGCCGGUCGCGGCGAGGAGAAGCCGGGGCGCCUGGAUUCGCAGACCGAGGAGGUCGAGCUUAGCCUCGGCCUGUCGCUCGGGGGGCGAUUCGGGCAGGAGAGGAGGAGGGGCGAGGGGCUCGCCAGGUCCUCGUCCGUCGCCUGCAUCCAGCAGGUGACGCCGGCGCCGCCCGCGCUCGCCAGGACAAGCUCCCUGCCGCCUAUGGCGGAGGCGGAGGCGGGGAACAGCGCCGCUUCCCUUAGGAGCGGCGUCGAGGUCCAGCCGCAGGGGAGUGGUGCCGGUGCCGCUCUUAACGGCGUCGUGGUGGAGCCCGCAGCUUUGCCACGGGCGAGCUUGAGCCCCCCGUCCACAGGCUCGUCGGACGGCGAAGGGAAGCUGCGGGCGAGCUUGAGCCCCCCGUCCACAGGCUCGUCGGACCGCGAAGGAAUCCUCGCGAGGACAAGUUCACUCCCUGCUGGCAUCGAGGAUGGGUGGAGGAAGAGGAAGCUAGCAGAAACUCUGAACAAACUCGAAAUGAAGAGGAGUAUCGACAGGAUGAACUCUUCCAACGCUUCUGUAGGGGAGGUUGGAGAGAACCCAGAUGAAAUGAGUGAGCAGGCAGGAGGAAAGGCAACAGUACAAAGAAUGAACCGUACCAAUGUGAGGCGUCGCUUGAGUGGGCUUCCUCCACCAUAUCAGCCUCCAGCUGCAUCACAAGGUCCGAAAAGGAAUUCAGCUUUGAAAGGAACUCCUGGCGCUCUAGAGCGGAGCCUGUCAUCGGCUGUUCUGCCCUCGUCUGAGGGUGCAAAAAGCAGCGCCGUGACAACCCCUUCAUCUUCAGCAUCGGUGGUGAGAGCAGCAGCCCCUGGCAUCUCCACAGGGGAGCAGCAGGAUGGUUCAGAAAGGCCGGCGGCAAGAGCUACUAGGACCAGGAGCGUGGCAGACAUGGUGCGGAAGAUGCCGGUGGUGUACACCAGCGGGCUCCCCAACGGCGAGAGGAUCGACGGCUUCUUGUACCAGUACAGCAGAGCUGAGGAGGUGAGGAUUGUGUGUGUGUGCCAUGGUAGCUUCCUGACUCCGGCGGAGUUUGUGGCGCAUGCCGGAGGCAGCGAAGUCACCCACCCAAUGAGGCACAUCGUCGUCAACCCCCCGUCGCUCUAGACCGGCGCGCGCACGCAUGCGGGUCGCGCAAGUGCUCCGCGUGUGGCCUCAGCAGCCCUAAGCUUAGCUUGGAACUAGAAAUCUCAUCGUGAGACUGCAUUUUAUGUUUUACAGACUGCACAUUACAGUACUUAUUAUCCUGAAACUGAAGACAUGGUGGGAGAUUUGCUCCUACAGACAACUAAAUAGCAAACAUAUGACAGAUUGAA